AUGCCAAACACCAAUUGGCUCUGGUUCCGAGUCUUUGCCAACCUGGGCUUGAAGAAGAACGGUGGAAAGUUCUCGCAGGAACGGCUCGACGCUGACAUCAAGCACCUCGACACCUUCUACCGAGGCGGCGGGUGGUCCAAUGACGGGCCGGAGGGCAUCCACCAGAUGGACUACUACUCGUCCAGCUUCGCUAUUCAAUUCCUCCAACUCCUGUACGCGAAGCUCGCCGGCGACGACGAGCCCGAGCGGGCCGAGGAAUUUCGCAAGCGAGCCCAGAUGGUGGCACUCGAUCUCGCACACUACUUUGACGAGGAGGGUCGAGCCAUCCCCUUCGGCCGCAGUGUCGGAUACCGCUUCGCCAUGGUGUCCUUUUGGGGAGCCCUCGCCUAUGCCGGCGUCGAACUCCCAGAGCCCUUGACGUGGGGGAUGGUGAAGGGCAUCGUGAUGCGCCAUCUGCGGUGGUGGCAGACGCAGCACGGCAUGUGGAGCCCGAGCGGAACGCUUUCGGUUGGGUACUCAUACCCGUGCAUGUAUAUGGCGGAGAACUACAACAGUCCCGGAAGCCCGUACUGGGCCUGCCUUGCCUUCAUCUGCCUCGCGGUCCCCGAAGACCAUCCUUUCUGGACCUCCGAGGAGGAGCAAGCGUGGGAUGUCAUCCCCAAAAUCAAACCUCUCGAACAGCCGGGCCACAUCAUGAGCAAUAUCGGUGGCCACUGCAUGCUUCUCUCGUCCGGCCAAGCUUGCAGCUAUCCGAUGAAGGGCACCCACGCCAAGUAUGGCGGGUUCGCCUACUCCAGCGCCUACGCCUAUUCGGUCCCUCCGGGGCUGUUCUCUCUUGAGCAGUACGCCCUGGCUUCGCAGCUGGGCCUUUCCGACGACGGCGGCGAAUACUGGAAGGCCCGGCGGCUCUCGCAGUACGCCGCAAUCGAAAGCAGGGACGGCAAGCCGGUGCUCGUCUCGGUGUGGAAGCCGUUUGUGGACGUCGAAAUCAAGACGAUCUUGGUCCCUCCGGAAGAGUCGACGCCGAACUGGCACCUUCGAAUCCACCACAUCAAGGCGGGGCGGGAGGUCAUGACGGCAGACGGGUCGUUUGCCAUCGCCAACGAGAACUCGACAAACGGCCGAUACCUCGACCUCUACGACGCGGACAAGGGCGAAGGCACGUCGCCAAAGAUCAUCGGGAACUAUGACACCAACACGCCCGAGGGGUUGGCAAAGGGCAGCGAGGGGUCAUUCGCCGUAUCCAAGGGCGCCGUAGGCAUCAAGGCCUUGGAGGGCUCCAUCGAGCGGACGGCCAACCUCGUCAACGCGGACCCCAACUCGAACCUGGUCGAGAACCGCACGACGAUCCCGACGCUCCAGCACACGAUCAGCAAGGGAGAUUCAGUCUGGUACAUCACGGGCAUCUACGCCAAGCCUGACGGUGAGGGCGUCCCCAGGCAGAGCUACCUGGACGGCUGGGAGAGGCCACCUGCAGUCCCUUCUUGGCUCGAGACAGAGAUGGCUGCGUCCUGA